AAAGAAAAAUGAUUAGGCAAGAGAGGGUAGCUAGGUACUAGCUAUGGAAAACAAGAAGCAUUUUGUGCUGGUUCAUGGUGCCUGCCAUGGCGCGUGGUGUUGGUAUAAGGUAUCUGCUUUGUUGAAAUCAGGUGGUCACAGAGUGACAGCUCUGGACAUGGCUGCCUCCGGGAUCCAUCCAAAGAAGGUUCAAAAGCUGGCUUCCAUAACCGAAUAUGUGGAGCCAUUGAUGGAGUUGCUGGAGUCUCUGCCGUCAGAGUCAGAGGAGAGAGUUAUAUUGGUGGGUCACAGCUUGGGCGGUAUCUGCAUUUCCAUGGCCAUGGAAAUGUUCCCAAAUAAGAUUGCAGCUGCUGUCUUUGUAGCUUCUUUCAUGCCUUCUUCUCAAGAUCCAACCUUUAUGACUCGUAUCCAACAGCACAGGGAAAAAGUAUAUUCUACCAUGGACUCGAAGAUCAUGUUUGAUGAGGAUGCCAAAAAUACUAGUAAGCCCAAUGGGUGUAUGAUAUUUGGGCCCCAACACUUAGCAUCCAAUUUAUACCAACUGUGUCCACCUAAGGAUAUUAGCCUAGCAAUGUCAUUGCUUAGGCCAACAAGGCUGUAUGGGGACCAAGAAAUGGUGCGAGAGCAAACAAGAGUUACAAGGGAAAAGUAUGGAAGUGUGGCCAAAGUAUACAUAGUGUGCGAACAAGACCAAGCGAUCAAGAAGGAUGUUCAGUUGUCUAUGAUUGAAAAGAACCCAGAAACUGAUGUGAAAUUCAUUGCUGAUGCUGAUCACAUGCCUAUGUUCUCUAAACCACAAGAGCUUUUCUCUUGCCUUCACCACAUUGCAACCACCUAUUAUUAGCAUGCAAUCUCAAUAUGUAUCACAAUUCACAAAUAUUUAACUAGCUUUUUCAGAAUGAUAAAGAAGAUAUAUAAAUAAGAGUUUAAUUUUGAUGCACUGACAUUGUCUCGUGCAAUCACAACCGUUCUCUUGCAAUCACAACCAUUCUCUUGUAUCGUGCACUAGUUUAAUUUUGAUUUGCUGUUGAACUAAAUAACUGACAUGCAUGCAUACACGUGCUGAACACAUGAAAUCAAUAUUAUAUCACAGACUCUUGGCAGAAGCAUCCUGUCUUACUGUUUCCCAAAGAAUUCAGUAAUGACUUCAAGAGGUAUCCCCUUUGUUUCUGGAACCUUCAAGAACACAAAUAUCCAGGAGAUGAAACAAGCAACAGCAUAUAUGCCAAAGAAACCGGCGAGUCCAAUUGAGCUGAGCAUCACAGGCAGGGAGUAUGUGACAUUAGGUAUAUCUUCAUCAUCUUGGGAAAACUGUUUGAUAAUGUAUCCUAAAGAAAAUAUACAAGGCAUUAGAUGAGUGUGGAAUGAUAUGAAUAACUCUUCCCCUGUUUAACUUUGAGUUACAAAUCCAGAAAGUAGUUGAAGGCAAAAGUCCCAACUUACUCUUCUAGUUCUAGCUGAUGAUAUGGAUAGAUACAUGCAAUAUGUCACCAAAAUUCAGACAAGGAAGAAAAUAGUUAAUAUUGAAGAA